UAUGCCUCCACUAGUCGACCCAAUUCUGACUGGACACACUCCUCUGCUGCCUCUAUCUUUAGUCUUGGGUUGCCACAGGCGAAAACCCGAAGUUCCUCUUCAUUGCAGAACCAAAGUAGUAAUAUUUGAUAUCGCGAUAAUCGUCCAGCACACAAGAGUGAACAUGUAGAGAUGGAUUUUAUGAAGCUGUUUGGCACUGUUAUCGCCGUGUUGUUCCACCCUGGAUCCGUGUCUAAAAUAAAUGGCCAAAGGAUCUGCCGCCUUGGGACAGAGCGCCCAUGUUACAAGGUGUCCUACAUCCAGGACAGCAGGCGCAGGCUGACCUUUGAGGAUGCCCGGCAGGCCUGCAAGUUGGAUGGCGGCGAGCUGCUGAGCAUCGAGACAGAGAGCGAACAGCGACUGGUGGAAAGGUUCAUACAACAGCUGCAGCCUGGAGAUGGAGAUUUCUGGAUUGGGCUCCGACGCAGCCCGCAGCGCUUCAGGGCAGGGAGCAACAGCCCAGGCUGCCCCUCACAGUAUUACUGGCUGGAUGGCAGCAAGGCCAAGUUCAGGAACUGGCAUUGGGAUGAGCCAUCUUGUGGCGGUGAGAUGUGCGUGGUUCUGUACCACCAGCCGUCUGCACCGCCUGACGAAGAAGGCCAUUUCCUGUUCCAGUGGAAUGAUGACAACUGCAACUCCAAGAACAACUAUGUCUGCAAAUACCCAGAAGAAAAAAUACCAGCAGUCACUGAGGCAGUGAAUACACGACGCACAGUUCCAUCACUGAGGCCAAACCUAUUGUCAACGACAGAAACGGAUGAGAAGAUAAAAAUAGGGCUACCUGAAUCAUCAGUGUCUUUCUCAGACAACACCCUGUAUGUCUCCUACAUCCUUUGUGCAACGAUUCCUGUUCUGCUCCUGCUGCUUUUUGUAGCGACCGGCUUCUUCUGCUACAAACAGGUCACGAAGAGGAGGAAGACAGACAGCGAGAGCUACCGAAGUGGACCUGGGCCGUGGAUGUCAACAGCAGCGCCUCCUUGCACCACACAGGGACCUUAUGCCUUCAGUGACAUUACCAAACUGCAUCACACAGUCCUGGGCAGCAGUGUGCCAGCAGCCAUCAAAGCGAAGCACUAUGUUUCCUCCCAGGACACCCAGUGUGAUGAUUAUGAGAAUGUGUCAUGCCCGGAAAGAGAGAGUGGUUUUGUGACCAAUGACAUCUAUGAGACCUGCAGAAACCAGAGCCGGCACUGCCACAGUCAGACCGGUUGGGUGGAAAAUGAGAUCUACGGAUAAUGCUGCUGAUGCUUUGCUGGUGUGUGUGUGAGUCUCAGCUUCUGUUUUACCAGCUAAACCAAUACGAUGCAGCUGGAUAGCAGACUGUUGUGUUCUCCAUCCUUUUCUCCUUUUGUACUCUUCUGGAUAGUUGUAUGGUGCAGGAACACUAAACCCAUGCAUGUUUCAGCCUGGACUUUGGUUACUUGCACACGGAUCUAUUUCCUGUGUGGAUUCAGCAUUGCACCUUGAGCAUCCCCUGUCUGAAGCUCAGCUGAAGUAAAGCUGAGCCUUUUAAAGUCUGGAAGGCUUUUAAGUCAGGUUAAUACUUAAAGUAUAGCCGCUAAGUAUAUGUUUGGGCUGUUAGAACACAUGUUUUUGUUCCAUGCUACUUGAAUCCAAAUCUUCAUAUUACUACGUACUUCCUAGACAUGAUGUAACUUGACAAUAACACUAGGGCUUUGGCCACCAAAUAAGCAUAAACAGGCUAAUUCAGUUUGGUGGAGCAGCAGUGGCCCUAUAUUUGGCAUGGCGGAUUGCACAUUUAACCAUGGGAACAGUCGUAAGUUUUCAUGGCUCAGGCAAGGUUACUCAUCUUGUAAACAAUAAGAAGUUAACUGCUCAGCCCUUUUUACAAUCACGUCACCAGACGAUACGAGACACAAGGACAAACAGAUCCUGCUGGCUCUCUAUUGCCAUGGAAGUGUGCAAUUCAGGGUCUGACCCUUUCUUUAUAUCUACAAAGCAGGGUCAGCAUGGUGUCACCCAUGUGGGAAGCUUCCUGUUUGGGAGCUGAUGUCAGGGAACAGGACAGUAUAUGCGGAAACAUUGAUGACAGAACACCAGCGACCCCAGCAAACCUCAAAGCUGUGGGCUUUCCCGACUCCACCUGACAGCAUGAGAGUCUGCCCUCGCACUGUUAUGAAACUACACACAGAGACUUCUUGGGAGUGUCCGUUUUGAAUAUGACAUGGAUCCAUCCACCACAAUUCUGCCCAUAUGCUUUUUUAAAGGCAUAAUCCCUGUUUUAUAAACCUCUAAAAUUAUCCCUGAUGUUCUGAGCUGAGUACAAGUGUCCAUGUUAUUUCACAAUUUACUGAGUGGGCGGUGGGUUGGUGUCAUGGAAAAGCAUAGCAGGCCCAGUAAGGAGAGGCUGAGUGAGUGUGUUCUUGGAGGAUGUAAGACAGGAAAUACCAAAAGCACAUCUGGAACUCUUACAUUCAGGAAGUCUAUGCGUGACAGUGGAGGCCUUCGGAGCGCUGGCCUGCCUGCCCGCUCAGCGCUCCCCCAGCUCUCUGUGUUACAGACUGUCACUGCACGAGCUGAGGAGAACAAUUGCUGGACAUGAAUGCAGCAUCAGGUUU